AUGGGUCUACUUGACAAUCCACUCAGCCCUUUCCCAAAAGCACCACGGCAAUUGAUGCCUUGGACGAAGGUCGGAUCGGCACGACAAAGUGAAGAUGCCGCCUUGCAGGCUCAGUUUGAGCAAAUACAGGCAUUGCUUUAUGAACUCAAGACGACCAAGAGAGAGAUCGAGCUUCAGCUUCUGGAGAUCAACCGUCUCACGGAGGUGAACAAGGCACACAUGGAUGUAUAUUGUCAAAAUGAACGAUGGCGUGAAGAUGCAAGAGAUUAUCAAGAGGCGUUAAAGAACAUUAUGAGCUACACUCUUAUUACCGCCAGCGAUUGUCGGAAACGGUCCAAGGACAGGCAGACGGGGCAGUGGGUAAACAAGCCACUCUCUGGGGAAGAUAUUCACAUUGGCGUGGAUUGUGGUGAAAUGAACCGUGAUGGAUCAUACAUGAUUUAG